AUGUCCAAGUCUUCAACAGCAUCAAAAAUGUCAUCCCAAGAGGAAAUACUGAACGAUGGGCGGUUUAGCUGCGUUACUAGGGAUCCCAGAUUUUGGGAGAUGCCUGAAAAAGAACGUAAAAUCAAGAUUGACAAACGGUUCCGAGCUAUGUUUCAUGACAAGAAGUUUAAACUGAAAUAUACAGUGGAUAAAAGAGGUCGUCCUGUUAACUAUAGUUCUACAGAGAACCUCAGGAAAUUUUAUGCCCUGUCAGAAUCCGACUCUGAUCUUUCAGAACAUGAUGGUAAAGAACAUACUGAAAAGAAAAAAAAGAAAAAAAAAGAUAAAUCUAAAGAAGAAGCAGAUUCUGCAAAGCUGCUUACUGAUGGUCUCUCUAGAGAGGAGAGUGAAAUAAACAAACAAGGGGUGGACCAAACAUGUGAAGUGGUGACAAAACUAUGUGACCUUAGAAAUGAAGGAGAAAAAAUUGCAUCUAAACUCCACUUGAAAAAGGACUCUAAGAAAAUUGCCACAGAAGUUGAUCGCUCUCGGGGAAACAAGGGCCUUUUACACAAGGGGGAAAACAAGAAAGGAGAUGCAUCGGGAGGAAGAUCAAUUUCAAGUCAAAACAAGCAAAAGUCUUCACAACCAAUUAGUACUAAAUCGGUUAAAGCUCCCAGGAAAGACCAUUCCCUAGGAGGAAAAAUAAAACAAUCAGUGACUGCAGACACCUGUGAUCAAGGUGACAUUAGUAAAAGCCACUUAGAAGAAGAAAUUUCUACAAGUGAUGCUUCUGAGUAUGGAGAAUUGGAAGAAGAGGAGCCAGAAGGUGAUGGGGAAACAAGCGAGGAAGAGGAGUCACAAGAUGAUGGGGAAACGGGCGAAGAAGACAGUGAUUCAGAAGAUGAUGAAGAAAGUGAUAGUGGGCCUGAUCUAGCUAGAGGCAUAGGGAACAUUGAAACAAGUUCAGAGGAUGAUGAGGAUUUAAAUGAGCUAUUUCCAAAGGAGCCAGACAUAGAGCAUUCAUGGCGUGAGCUAGAUAAAGAUGCCCCUCGUGGAGAUGAGGUUACAAGCAGAUUGGCUGUUUGUAAUAUGGAUUGGGAUAGACUGAAGGCUAAGGAUUUGCUGGCUCUAUUUAACUCUUUCACACCCAAAGGAGGAAGAGUGUUUUCUGUUAAGAUUUAUCCUUCAGAGUUUGGAAAAGAGAGGUUGAAAGAGGAAGAACAAAAAGGACCUGUGGAACUGUUCGAUCUUCCAGAGAAUACCACAGAGAAUGAUGGGCUUUAUAGGGAAAAGCUGCGUGAGUAUCAAUUUAAGAGACUGAAAUACUUCUAUGCGGUUGUAGAAUGUGAUUCUCCUGAAACAGCUAGUAAAAUUUAUGAGGAAUGCGAUGGACUGGAAUUUGAAAGUAGCUGCUCUUUUAUAGACCUGAGAUUUAUUCCAGAUAAUGUUACAUUUGACGAUAAGCCAAAAGAUGUAGCCUCGGAAGUAAAUGUAGCUGUAUAUAAGCCAAAGUACUUCACAUCUGCUGCCAUGGGAACAUCAAAGGUAGAUAUCACAUGGGAUGAGACAGAUCAUGAACGAGUAAUGUCACUUAGCAGAACUUUUAAAAAAGAGGAACUUCUUGACAUGGAUUUUCAAGCUUAUUUGGCUUCAUCUAGUGAAGAAGAGGAAGAACAGCAGCCAGGUGGUGAUGUAGCUCAUGAAAUGGAAGAUGACAAACGCAAGAAGAGCCAGAAAGAUGAUGAAGAGCAAAUUUCCAAGUACAGAGAACUUUUGAAAAGUAUCCAAGAAAAAGAGAAAAAACAGGAAGAAAAGGAUAUAGGAAUGGAGAUUAAAUGGGUUCCAGGCCUCAAAGAAACUGCUGAAGAAAUGGUCAAAAACAGGUUGGAAGGAAAGGACAACCUAACUCCAUGGCAAAAAUAUCUAGAGAAGAAGAAAGAAAAAAGAAUUCUUAAAAAAAAGAGGAAGGCUGCUGCUGAGAGAGAACAGAGCGAAGACGAACUUCCAUCUGAUGUUGAUCUCAAUGACCCGUAUUUUGCUGAAGAACUUGAGAAGACAGGCUUAAAGAAUAAACCAGAAUCGAUUGAAAAUACCUCCGAAGAUGAAGAUGAAGUAGAAAAACAGAAGGCUGAAAUGGCCCUACUUAUGAUGGAUGAUGAGGAUGACACCAGAAAACAUUUUAAUUACAAAAAGAUUGUAGAACAGCAGAAUUUGAGCAAGAAGAAGAAGAAACUUUUAAUGAAGAAGAAGGAAUUACUAGAAGAUGACUUCCAGGUAAAUGUUGCUGAUACAAGAUUCCAAGCCAUGUUUACUUCUCCCCUGUUUAAUUUGGAUCCUUCAGAUCCAAAUUUCAAGAAGACAAAAGCAGUAGAAAAGAUCUUGGAAGAGAAAGCUCGCCGAAGGGAAGAAAAGGAGCAAGAUCUUAAGGAGGCAAGCAAGGGGCAAGAGAAGAAGAUGGCAAAGAAAGGAGAGGUUGCUAAAAAAGCCAUAGAUCCUGCCUUAUCAAUGCUAAUAAAAUCUGUCAAAAAUAAAACCGAAGAGUUUCAGGCAAGGAAAAAGCAGAAAAUCAAAUAAUUGAACUUUGGUUUUAUUCAGACUUUACUUUAGUCUCAGCUCUUCUAACGGGCAACAUCUGUUGAAGUUACUACAGUCUGCUCUGAUUCGUAUCCACCUAAAAUUCUCUGAAAAGUCACUUAAUUAUGGUGGUGAGUUUUGAAGUAACUAAGACUAAUAUUUUUCUGCCACAACAAAUAACUGUUUUGUACUAUUAUUGAAAAAUUACACCUUGAAAAACAUGUAAGUAAGGAAUCGAUGGUUUUGGGGUGGUUUUUGUAUCAUGCCAUCUUUUAAAGACAAUAGAAGUGCUGAAGAUGGCUACAAAAAAAUAGUCAUAAUUAUGGUUAUAUUUAUGAAUAAAAAAGACACUUCUGCAGAGGUUUAUUGCUGAGACUGUUCUUAAUGUUUUUAAUUCCACAGAAGUCUGUAAAAUUUAUCUCUGGAUAAGGAAGGUAGUAAUAUAACUAAAAAUGGAAGAAAUUU